UGUGUCUCUGUCUGUUUUCACACUCUCCUCCCCAUUCGAGCGAGGCCCACACCUGGCGCAUCACUGCCGAGCCAUUAGCUGCGGGUCUCCUUUCAUCUUCCUUGUGGCAGACGUUUCUAUUUAUCCACUAGCGCUCGCCGAGUGGCGUCACCAGCGGUACUGUAAUGACGAUUGCAGCGAGAGGAUGACAGCUUAGAAAGAAGAGGGCAAUGGGGCUUCCUCCCAGAGGCGGUGCGGCACAGAGGAGCGCUCGCAUCACAAGGUGACCCCAGCUCCCACCGCCACCGCCAACAUCGCGCUCCCGCCGCUCCGCGCCCGCCCUGCCUCCUGGCCUCUCGUUCUCCUUCCAGCGGCCAAGACCGGUCCGGCCGCUGGGGACCCAGGGAGCCGGGGGUUAGGUGCUCUCUGGGGCUCCCCCCCUCCGGAGAGCCCCAGAAUGGAGAGCCGAAAAGACGUGGUUAUGUUUCUGGAUGGGGGUCAGCUUGGCACCCUGGUUGGCAAGAGGGUCUCCAAUUUAUCCGAAGCCGUGGGCAGCCCAUUGGCCGAGCCGCCCGAGAAGAUGGUGACCCGUAGUUGCCUGAGCCCGCGGGCCGGCCCUCCGGCCGCCCGGGAGCGCGGCGGGGGAGGCCCGGAGGAGGAGCCGGUCGACGGACUAGCUGGCAGCGGGGCGGGCCAGGGUGCCGAGCCGCGAGCGGCUGGAGGGACAGUCCUUGGCCCGGGUCCCCCGGCCCCCUCCGCAGACAGCCUCUCCGGCCAGGGGCAACCCAGCAGCUCGGAUACUGAGUCGGAUUUCUAUGAAGAAAUCGAGGUGAGCUGCACCCCAGACUGCGCCACCGGGAACGCCGAGUACCAGCAUACCAAAGGACCCGGCUCGGAGGGACUGGCCUGCAGUCCCAACGGCGGCAGUGAGGCUCCCAAGAGCAAUGGCGGCGGCGGAGGGGGUGGCUCGCAGGGCACCCUGUCCUGCAGCGCCAGUGACCAGAUGCGCCGUUACCGCACCGCUUUCACUCGGGAGCAGAUCGCGCGUCUGGAGAAGGAAUUCUACCGAGAGAACUACGUAUCCAGACCGCGGAGGUGCGAACUGGCGGCUGCCCUAAAUCUGCCGGAAACCACCAUCAAGGUUUGGUUCCAGAACAGGCGCAUGAAGGACAAGAGGCAGCGGCUGGCCAUGACGUGGCCGCACCCGGCCGACCCCGCCUUCUACACGUACAUGAUGAGCCACGCGGCGGCCGCGGGCGGCCUGCCCUACCCCUUCCCGUCGCACCUGCCGCUGCCCUACUAUUCGCCGGUGGGCCUGGGUCCCGCGUCCGCCGCCUCGGCAGCCGCCUCGCCCUUCAGCGGCCCGCUGCGCCCGCUCGACACGUUCCGCGUGCUCUCGCAGCCCUACCCCCGGCCCGAACUGCUGUGCGCCUUCCGCCACCCGCCGCUCUACCCUGGCCCGGCGCACGGACUGGGCGCCUCGGCCGGCGGCCCCUGCACCUGCCUUGCCUGCCACAGCGGCCCGGCCAACGGGCUUGCGCCCCGGGCUGCCGCUGCCGCCGCCUCGGACUUCACCUGUGCCUCCACCUCCCGCUCGGACUCCUUCCUCACCUUCGCUCCCUCCGUGCUCAGCAAGGCCUCCUCCGUCGCGCUGGACCAGAGAGAGGAGGUGCCCCUCACCAGAUAAAGGGCUGCCCGUGGGCUACCGGCUCCAGGACGCUCUUGGGGGGACUCAGCCAGCGCUCCUCCCUGACCCAGGACACUGAGGGGAAAGGAGAGGGCCUCCAAGGACCAGAGAGA